GGUCGACCAACCAAUGCCUCAGACAGAUAAGCAAAUAUGCAUCCCGCCGGAGCUGCCGGAAUUGCUGAAGCAAUUCACCAAAGCCGCCAUCCGGACUCAGCCGCAGGAUCUCAUCCAGUGGGCCUCGGAUUACUUCGGGGCUAUGUCCCGUGGAGAUGUUCCUCCGGUUAGAGACCCGUCCGAGCGAGUGUCUUUGUCGAACUGGGCAGAGCUAACCCCAGAACUGCUAAAGAUCCUGCAUUCUCGGGUGGCUGGCAGAUUGAUCAUCCAUGCGGAGGAGCUGGCCCAGAUUUGGAAGGUGCUGAACCUCCCCACAGACCUGUUCAACAGUGUGAUGAAUGUGGGGCGCUUCACAGAGGAGAUUGAGUGGCUCAAGUUCUUAGCCCUUGCCUGCAGCUCUCUUGGAGUUACCAUUGCCAAAACACUUGAGAUAGUGUGUGAAGUUUUAUCGUGUGACCGAGACAGCGGACCUCCCCGAAUCCCUUUCAGCACCUUCCAGUUUCUCUACACAUAUAUUGCUGAAGUGGAUGGGGAGAUCUCAGCAUCCCAUGUCAGCAGAAUGCUAAACUACAUUGAACAGGAAGUAAUUGGUCCUGAUGGUUUAAUAAAGGUGAAUGACUUUACCCAGAACCCCAGGGUUCGGCUGGAAUAAAGACCCGAUUUUGGCAUUUGAAAGGAAGAUACAGAGAUGAUUGUACUUCAAAAUGGCUGCGCCCCAGACACCAUCCAAAGUCAAUUUUCUUGUACAACUGGUAAACACUAAUAAAUAAUUAGGCA